AUGUCACAUAACGAGUCACAUAACGAAUCACCUAUUCUUGCAGCUACAAUACCAGCAACAGAUGAUAUAGUUCCACACGUUGUUCUAAAUACCACGAUCGGUAGUCCACCACAUUCUAGUAAUAUGUCAUCACCAACAACACCAACCUCUUUAGCAAGUUUUCGAUUGGGGGAAAUAUGUGCAAAUGAGAUAGCAUUUAGGAUGGGAUGGUUUGGACUUAGGAAUGUCCCAAGUAGUGGUAAUAAUGGUAGAAGUGGUAGAAAUGCAAUCCCACUUGGACCUAAAGAAAAAUAUGGCUCAGGAAUUGGAAUAAUUAAACUUAAAAAGAAAAAAGUUAUGCCGGAUGGUAAAGAAGUUGAGGUUGAGGAAGGUGAUGGUGAAAUUGUUUAUGCACAAAUGGCACCAGUUGGACCAAUUGCUUAA